AUGUUCGGGAUAUUAGAAUCUAUUGAUGAUUUUAUAUGCUCAAGUAAGAAACGAGUGGCCUUAUUUGAUGAAUUUCAAGAAAAAAUAUAUGGAAGUACACAACGUAAACGUCGCUUCAAGCGAGUAGAAACUACUCGUUGGUGGUCCCAUGAUCAUGCGCUCAAUACUGUUUUAGACACGUUUGAUGCUUUAUGUGAUACCUUACAAAAUAUCCAAAAUAAUGAAUGUUCAAGUGAUUGCAAAGGUGCUCAUCAGGCUCGGAGUUUAAAAUAA